AUGAAGCCCCGAAUACCCGCGAAUAUCCUUGUAGCCAUCGAUGCACGACGAUAUGGGACCUACAGUCGGUCCAUGAGAAACCCAUAUUGCUACAAUAAUCGGCUCAUGAGAAAUCUGGUCGCGUCCCCGGAUCGCUACUUCAAACCGUCAGGGAAAAUCAGGAGCUCUCGGAGCUUUCACAGGGGACUCCCUCAAUAUUCCAGUCACGAUAAAUUGUACUCCGAGAACAACCGCCAGUGCUACGCUCUCCGUGGUCAGAGAGGGGAACCGACCCUCAUGUAUACGAUCAGUUCGGAUUCAUACCCGGGCAGAUGGAGAUACGAAUCCCACAUGACAAUCACACGCUCCGGAAUGACGAACCCCAAUCGACCCGAAACCGAUUUGCGGCUGCUGUUGGCGUCGAAUUCCUUGCUGGAGAUCCGGAAUGAAAGUAAUGGUGAAAUGAUCGAUGUCAUCGAUCUUAAAGCGCACGAUCUACCGAGCAUGAAAUUCUCCACCCUCCGUUGGGAUCCGAACCAGGACCAAGUUACAGCGGUCUCCCAAAAAGCCACAAUCGACGGAAAGAAGAGUCUCUGGCACAUCGUCAUCCUGCAGAUUUGUCCCCGCGUCAGCAAAUCUCUCCGAGUACCGAUCCGUGAGGAAAUUUUCGGGAAAGACAUAGUUAAUGUCGUUCUGUUCGACGGAAUUCUGCAAGUGAUGUACAGGAAUGAGACGGUGCACUUGUACGAUUUCGAAUGGAUCUGCGAGACUAACGACAUCGCAUCAAUGUUUGGGGAGAGGAUCCUCGAAAUCUCAGAUUUGGGCACACCCGUUUUCGUUGUGAAAAACACUACCGAUAUGCUGAGCUUCGGAGGUCAUCCUUGGCAUUACAUCACGCACUCCCAUCGAUUGGGAGAGUACGCAGUCUGCACGCUAGACCAUCAGAAGCUUGUCUCUUUUCCCAUCAACGAACACGAUACCGUCUGUUUCCAUCCGGACGACUCUGGAGACAUAGCACAUUUCCAGAAGGAUGUGGUCACGAUACACAAAUACUUCUACGACGAGCGGAAGAAGAAGCCGACCUUAAAAAAACUCCACGAAAUGAGACUGGAGAUGUCUCCGCGGAGAGAGCAAGAAGGCGAUAUGCCGCCCAGACCAGGUCGUUACGGGACUCGGCGAGCACCGAGAAGAUCCGCAAGCUGGGUUGAGAGUCACAGAGAGGGACUGGGAGAACGAUAUCGGCUGGCUGACGAAGAAGGCCGUGUUCUCUUCUCGGACGACUACGAGAACGAAUUGAAUUUGAUGCUCCUCAUGGGGACCGACAGUGGGGAUCCGCAGGAGCGAGGAAUGAUUCAAAUUUUCGAUAACGGGACCAGGGAGCGCGUCAGAACGAUCAUGUUCGAUAGACCUCUUGCAGAAUCCACGGAGUAUUUCGUCACCCUCGACCUCGAUGUGUUGAUUGUGUUCGCGACUCGACAGGGUAGCUCUUCUUGCGAGGCGCAAGUGUAUCGUCUGCUCCAUCGGUAG